AUGUCAGCGUGUUUGCCAUUCCAGAUUCGGAGGAGACGCCUUGCCCGCCUUGGAGGCAACCAGUCCAGUCCUGUAGAAAGGAAUGAAGCUAGUCAAGCAUCACCCAUGCAGCAGGGCUCUGAGAGCCAGCAGUCAUCUCAAAGUACAGCAUCCUCAUCUGGCAGCCUUGGUGUUGAUUGCCCAGCAGCUACUCCUCAGACCAUGGACAUGGACACCGAAUUUUGCUCCGAAAAAAACUCCCAGUCUCAGAUGGAUGUGGAUUCUGGCAUCGAGACAAUGGAGGUCGAAGAACCAGAACCCAGACCUGAAAUCAAGAGGAAAAGGGAUGUCAGCUUUGGAUCUGAAGCAAGUGAGGAACAAGUGUUAUCGGCUGUCAGUCGUGUGUUUGUGACUUCCUGGAGAGAGAAAUCGUGUGAAACUCUUCAUUUGCCUCAGUUAGUGGAGGUGGUAGACGAGGCAUGUAGUGGGGGUAACAUUGACUAUAGUGACGUUGUCAGCCAGGUGCUCAUGGAGGUUCUCAUGCUGAUGAGGGACAGCCAGGAGAACCCUGUGCUGUUGUUACGCACACAUCCCCCAGCUCUGUCCCCCCUCAAGUCCUACAGCAGCAGCCCAAGAAGUAUAAGUCCGAUGAUGUCUCCAGAACACUUCAAUAGAGAAUUCUCAGAAAAAUUUCCUCUUGCCAAAUGUAAAGAAGUAGACAUGCUGAACUACCUGUUAGAUUGUUAUGACAGAGUAGCAGUGGAGGAGAGGACUGCCCCCAAGCGAUGCAGCAUUCCUCCAAUGAGUGACAUGUUGUCUACAGCCAGAAGUCAGUGUAUUUGUCAUACAGCACUCGUAUUACAAGGUGCUUUUGUACAACAAAGGUCACUGAAUGGAGUGUCUAAUCUGCUGCCGUUUCUCCUGGCUCACAACUUACCGCGGGGAUUUCUCCCCGAGUUGGUGCAGACCAUCUACCAUGAUAGGGACAGUUUCCGCAGGGUGAGCCCAGCAGCAGACUGAUGUACAUGGCUGAUU